ACUUCGAAUGCAGUUAUAGCUAAAUUGUAUGAGUUCAUGUCAAGAUUCGGUCUUAUGCAUACUUUGGUUAGUGAUAACGGCACUUGUUUCUCUUCAAAUGAGUUCGCGCGUUUUUUGUGCGGUAAAUGGGAUUUCCCAUAUAACUUCUCCCGCUUAUACCCCGGCCAGUAAUGGGCAGUCGGAAAGCUUCGUAAAGGUGGUAAAAAAAGGUAUACGAGCAUCAUUGCUAAGUAGUAGUGCAAAGGAAGUCGAUCAAAACUUAUUAAAAUACCUAUUCGACUAUAGAAACUCGGUUCACUCCACUACGGGCGUUUCGCCUGCCCAGUUGGUAUUCGGGCGGAAACUUCGUUCGCGCCUGGAUUUACUUGUACCUAAUGUACUUGCCGCCGCGCCGUCCUCACCGGACACUCUCACUGAGGUUGUAAAUUAUAAACAGUGUUUGCAGACUAAAGCAUAUGGUGGCACCAACAAGCAAUGUUUUAAGCCAGGUGAUAAAGUUCUGUUUAAAAAAUAUUUCAGUAACGGUAAAUUUACAUGGAAUAGAGGUGUAGUAAUGAAGAGAUUGGGUGAAACUGUAUAUAUUGUGAAAGACAGUGUAACUGCAUUGCAAUUUAAAAAACACAAAAAUCAAUUGAUAGCUUUUAGAGGGACAGUGACAAACAACAAUCUUAGUGGCACUAGAGACAUUGAUACUUCUAUUGAAUCGACAUCGGGUGACGAAAUUGACCUCUCUCCAUCUGAGUUAUGCGGUGAGGAACCUGAAAUAACUCGUCCAGUGUCAGCGGAGUCUUCACAGUCCCCCACUGUGGAGGGGAGUGGAACCACGCCGACAUCUACUGCGACGACUUUACCAGACCUGCAGACAUCGAAGGCCUCACCGCCGGCCGCGUCAGCUGAUGACGGGGGUCACGACGAGUUCUUCGAAGCACGAGAACAGAGCCACGACACAGAAGGUGUACAAGAUGCAGAGACUCAACUCGAAGCCGUAAGUCCGAGUCGAACGGCUGGACAAAUGUCGUUGCGUCCUGUCCCUAGGGUUGAUUAUAAACCGUUUUUUUGUCUUAUGUAAUUUAGGUGGUAGUUUCUUAAUUGUUUAAUCAACGAUGGAUUGUAAAACUAUUAGGGGGAGAUGUUGUAUAUGUAAUAUAUGUAUACAUGUAGCUAUAGCGGGUUCGGUGCCUCGACCCCUACUUAAGGUAACACUUCGCAUGAAUAUAACCAGUGUGAUUUCAACCGCCGUUAGUUUCACUUGUCCCCUGUCACAUACGGA